AUGGAUUCGCGGCGAGUUUCCCUGCCGGCGGUGACGAUCCACUCGCCACGGCCGUCAUACCUGUCGCCCACGCACCUGUCCCCGGCCGCCUCGGGCAUGAUGCACGCAAGAAGGUUGGUUUUUGGGGUGGAUUUGAGUAUUUUUAGAGAUGGAGAUUGAUAUUUUAUUGAAAAUGGGGGAGACGUGUAUAGGGCAUGCGCGGUGGUGGAGAAGAUCCAGCUGGAGAUAAAAAUGGGUUAUUUUUAGGUUUUUUGCAAGCUUGAAGGAACUCCAGAGUGGCCCCUAUAGGAGCUACCUUAUGGGCCCUUGAAGGGUCCUCUCGAGGGACCACUUUACCAACCCCUAUAGGGGCCACCAAGGCUUGCAGAAGUGUUUUCUUUAGGACUUUCAGUAAGUGGCAUUUUUUUAAUAAAAUUGAAAGCCCCAUAUAGGGUCCACUUGAGGGGCUAAGAGGUCAGACCCUUUUAGGAGCUACCUUGAUUUCACCCCUAGAGGGACCACUAUUUCAGCCCUUAUAGGGGCUGUUUUCCCCCUUUCCCCUAUAGGGAUCUCUCUAAAAUUUCUAAGAAGAAAAAGAAAUUUUUACAAGUAUCAGGAACCCUGAAACCUUGUAAACGAAGUGUGAUUGAAACCGAAUAAAAGAAUUUUUGAAAUUUUUGUAGUUUUCACUAUGAAACUAGAUACAAUUCUUGUCCUCUAAACUUAAGACAUCUUUUUUUAGUUUAUGGGUUUGGAAAAAGGGAGGCAAGAAGUCGAAAAAUUAUGAGAAAUCAAUGGUUUUUCAAACUUUUCUGAAGUAGCAGAGGUGUUGUGAAAAAUGAGAAAAUGAUAAAUUUUCGAAUUUUUGAGAGCUUUUUUUGCGCCGAUUACUUCCUGCAGAAAAGUUCAAAAAAUAUCCGAAAAAACCUUUUCUUUGACUUAUCUCCAGAGUGGUCCCUAUAGGGGCAACCUUAGGGGCUGUUGGAGAGUCCUCCUCUAGGGACCACUUCACCCACUCCUAUAGGGUCCCCUCACGCUUGAAAAGUGAUUAUAUAGAUGAUCUUUUUUUGUCGUUAAACUUGGUUCUAAGGAUUUUCUAGACCUCGUGAACUGAUGGAUAAAUUCUAAGAUCCCUGCCGUCAACACCGACGCCAGGAGGAGGCCGUCGAAGUCUUCCAGGAACCCCAAGGACGGUCAGUCCACGUCGUCGGCCACUUCCUCUCGUCGAUGAACAUCUACCGACGACGUCUCGAGCCAGUUCAAGGUGAUUUUUGAAGCAAAAAGGACCAAGAAUGGCAAAAAAUCAUCUUCAUUCAUUUUUUCCCGGAUUCAAUUAGUUGAAAAUUUCCAUCCAUCCCAACUUUUCAUCCCAAAAAAUGACAUGACGAAGAUCAAAUUACGCGAUUUUCUCCUCUAAUAACUUGUGUUGUUGUUCGUGAAAAAUAAAUUUUUUUCCUCCCGACGUCUCCAUCUGAUAUUUCCACCUCCUCCCACGGCAAAACAAACUUUUUUUCUCCAUUCAUUUGUCGAAAUUUUUCCCACCCGGUUCAGGUUGUCCGCCGACGCCCACUGAAAUCGAAUUCUAACCCGGUUUUAUUAUUUUUUGGCGGGCGUUUUCUAGUUUAGUUUUCAUAGUAAAUCUUUGCCUUUCAAAUUUUCAAGUCCAUUCCAAAUGCGUCCAAGGCUUUUUAGAAGUCCUAAUGUAUUUAUUUUUAACUGUUAUCCUAUUUUUCAAGAGACCUACAGUUUUCAAAAAUUCGAAGCAAACGGCGAUUUUUUUAAGUAAAGGUCUUGAAUGGAUAGCCAUGUAAAAAUUUGGGAUUACGGUACCUUAAAAAAAUGCGUUCUCGCCUUUUUUAGUAGUCCUGGGAAAUUGAUUUUGAUUAUUUUCAAGUGGAAAUGAUACCUUAUUUCAAAGUAUAAAGCAGUAGACGAUUUUUGAGAUAAGGUCUUGGAUGGAUAGCCAUGUAAAAAUAUAAGAUUACGGUACUUUACGAUCUGUUUUUCUUUUGGUUCAAUCGUCACGACUGUCACGUUUUAGGUCGAAACUGCGAUUUCGAUACAGCAAAAGGGAAGAUUCUUCCAGCAGCUCGAGUCAGAGAGAUCAGGUACCUGAAAAAUUUAUUUUUGCCAUAAUUUUGAUGUAAUAAUAUUGUUCUAGUGGAAAAACUAAAUAAAAGUUGGAAUAAAAUUGAAAGGCCCCUAAAGGGGCCACUUGAGCUUUAGCGGCUAAGGAGUCAGACCCUAAAGCCCUAUAGGGACCACCUUGAUUUUACCCCUAAAGAGACUACAUUUUCGACCACUAUAGAAACUGCUCUCCCCCUAACCCCUAUAGGGAUCACUCUGCAAUUCCCAAGUUAGACAAAUAAUAUUUUCAAGGUUCGAAAAAUGUCAUUAUAUUACUCAUCAAAAGUCUUUUUUUUUCUCGCAUUUUACCACCUGCCCGUGGGAUUUUAAUGCGAUUUCGCUCUCUCUAUUUUGAGCCUCUCUCAGAGUUUAUAAAUUGAAUUUUUGCGCGUUUUCCUAUGAAAAUUGGUUUAGGGGGUGUGUUUUGGCUUUUAGUUUUUUAAAAGUGUCUUUUCUUACUUUUGAAAAUCGGUCAGAAAGAUUUUUUGGCCUUUCUCAAGCGUCCGCAACGGGUUUAGCCAUUCCAAAUGCGUCCAAGGCGUUCGAAGGAACUCCAGAGGGGUCCCUAUAGGGGCGACCUAAAGGCCCUUAGAAGGUACCCUCUAGGGACCACUUUACCAACCCCUAUAGGGCCCUAAAGCUUGAAAAAGUGGUCCCUAUAGGGGACAUGCUAAUCGAUAACUUUUAUGAAGACUGUGCGAAGAAGCAUUUCCAUGGGAAAAACUAAAUGAAUAGACAUUUUUUGAAUAAAAUUGAAUGGCCCAUAUAGGGACCACUUAAGCUUUAGGAGCUAAGAAGUGAGACCCUGAACCCCUAUAGGAACCCUUUGAUUUUAUCUAUAUAAGGACCACUUUUUCGGCCCUUUAGGGGCUGUUCAUCUCCCUAGCCCCUAUAGGGAUCACUUGAGCUUUAGGGACUAGGAGAUGAGAUCCUAAACCUCUAUAGGAACCCCUUGAUUUUAUCCCUAUAAGGACCACUUUUUCGGUUUUUUUAAGGGCUGUUCAUCACCCUAAACCCAAUAAGGACCAUCUUGAUUUCACCCCCCAUAGGGACCACUUUUUCGCCCCCAUAGGGAUCACUCUAAAAUUCCUAAGUUGGACAAAUGACUUUUGAAGGCCGCCAUCUCAAGAAUAUUCAGUCUUCAGAGUAGGUUCUCUGCUGAAUCAUGGAAUAAUUGAAGAGUUGUUUGUCGGUUCGCGAUAAUGUCGUUGAUCAAGCGUAGACGGCGCCUAGAGCAUCUCGCCUCUCUUGUGCUAGUAGUAGACGAUUUUCGAACGUUUCCGACGAUCACUGCUUCUCCAUGAGAGACCUCUCUGAGCUUUGAAAUAAUUUUUAGCCGUUCUUCUGAAAAAAAUAAGUUCUCUAGUUUUCCAUAUAUAUGGUGGUGGAUUAACUAUGACUCGUUUUUUUCAAGUUGGAAAUGACGCCGAAAGACGGCAACAUGUUGCGCAGUUUCGACCUGCGACAUGGCGAAAUCGUCGACCGCGGCUAUCAAACCAAAAAACCGAUCCAGCCGGUUUUGUGCAAGCCCGGUACGGCUCGAAAUUGGAUUCGAUGAAUCGAAAUCCCAUUUUCCUGUAGGCGACGGUAGACGGGCGACGUGUCCCGAGAUCUGGCUCCUUCCCGAAUCUUCAAAAUCGCCCCGGCACGUCGUCAUGCGGGUCUACGGCAACAAGAACAGCGGGAAAAAGACGCUCGUCAGGCAGCUUUAUCAUCUCGCGACCACGACGAAUCCUGACACGGUUGAUGGUCGGUUUUUGGGAAUUUUGUCGAGUUUUGAAAGUACAGCAAAAUAUAGUCUGUUCAGAUGUUAAAUGUCAAGCUCCGCCCCCUGAUGCCGCGAUAAACCAAUCAUAGAGCGAUCCAUCCACAGAGCCUUUUCAAAUGACGUCAUUCUACUUGACAUUCAAAAUCUGAACGGACUAUAUGACUCACUGGCUCCGCCCCUUUUUUAAGGUUACGGUAGGAAAAGUACCAAAAAAUGUACCUUUUCCAAAUUUUCUCAAAGAAAGCCAGGGACAAAUUGAACAUUUCUUGUGGACAAACCUUUUUUUGAAUGUCUUUUUUUCAUGCCGAAAGUAUCAAUUUUCAUUGGUAUUUUUUGGAUUUUGCGAUUUUUUGACCGGAAUAACCCGCUUGACAGUAGAAUUUUAUUUGCUCAAUUGAUUUAUUGGGUCUUUUUGUGCUAGGAUAACCAAAAAUUUCCAGGUCCCGUUGACCGAUUUAUCUCUACGUUUAAUAAAAAACUUUGUUCGAUUUGGAAGACGGAGAAAAAAGUUCAUUUUUUGGUAUUUUCCCUACCGUAACCCUGAAAAGGGGCGGAGCCAGUAAAAAGUCUAUGUGAAAAUUUCCGGUUUUUGCGUUCAGUUCGUUCAGGUUUUGAAUGUCAAGUAUAGUGAAUUUUUCCCGACUUGAAAGGCGAGGGAGGCGGGGCAAGGGGCGGGACGCGUAGCGUGUGCGUUCGCGGUUCUUGGCACGAGUUCAAUUCUACCGCCAGAGGCUAUUUGGAGAGCUCGUUUAUCGCUCUUUUCAUUUCUUUUUCAAUUAUUUAUUGAUUAUGUUCAUGUGCGCAUCAAAAAAAUAGUGGAAAAUACAGAAAAAAAGAGCGGUUUCCGAGCUUUUUUUAAAAAAAGUCGGCGGCGAUUGAAUUGAACUCGUGCCAAGAACCGAGUACGCACACGCUACGCGUCCCCCUUGCCCCCGCCUCCCUCGCCUUUCAAGUCGGGAAACAUUGACUAUAUAGAAUGACGUCAUUUGAAAAGGCUCUGUGGAUGGCUCCCUCUCUGAUUGGUUUAUCGCGCCGUUAGGGGGCGGAGCUUGAGCGACGACUUGACAUUUAAAAUUUGAACAGACUAUAGUUAUUGUGACCACAAUGUGAAUUUAAAAACUCAAUCUGAAUUUUUGGUGUAAUAGUGUUUAGUCAUUCAAAGUAUACAAGGUAUCUGGAAUUUUUUCAAAAUUUCAGUCAACGACAACGAUGAGGGCAAGACAAAAUCACUACAUUUUUUGCUCAACGGAGAGGAGUUGGAACUGGAAAUCCUGAUGGAAUCCGCCUUGGAAGUAUAUCUUUUAGUAAAUUGAGGUGAAAUGAUCGAUUUUCGCUUCAGAAUGCUCCAUUCGAACCGUCGCUGAUCAUCUACUUGAUCGUCUACAGUGUUGACAGCCGGGAAUCUUUCGCCGUUGCUUCGGCGCUCCUUGAUAGGUUUUUCCGUCCCGGUUUUAUCGGAAAGUCAUGAAAUUCUGAUUGAAGGAUAGGCCGAGCGCGUGGCUCGACGAUUUUGAUCGGAAAUAAGAUGGACCUGAAGCGGAAUCAAGCCGUCUCAACGAUUGGUCUGAAUAGAACUUUAGAUUCUCAAAUGAAGGGAAGUUCAGAAGGAAAAUCCCUGGCGAAAAUCUACAAAAGUGCAUUCGUCGAAGUUUCGGCGCUUCUCUCGAUGAACGUCGAAGACUGCUGGUCGGAGGUUUUGAAGCAUAUCCAGGUUUUUUUUCCGAAGUAAAUUAAUGAAGGAGCUUUGAUUUUCAUCUGAUGAAUGAUGGAUAUAGCCCAUUCCGCACCUUUUCCUGAGCCAAAGUACCAUUCCCAUUGAUGCGCGCGGCCAGUCUCUUUGCAUGCGCCUUUAAUUUAGCUAAACUUUCCGUCAUAUUAAAGACGCAUGCACAGAGACAGCUUGUGUGCAUUGAAGGGAAGGUUCCCGGAAUGGGUCUGUAGCUCGGAAAUCGUGUCAAGCUGGCGCGGGAAGAGCAGCAUAUUCUUGUCAACCCUUCCAUUCGAACCGCGCGGCCUGUCUCUGUGCAUGCGCCUUUAAUAUAACCCAAAUUCUUAGGCUAAAUUAAAGGCGCAUGCAGAGAGAAAAACAGCGCACAUUGACGGGUAGGGUUCUGUAGUUGGCAAACGCUUGUCACGAUUCUGCGAGCUACAGAACCCUUCCAGGAGCCUUACCUACAAAACCCGCGCCUGUCUCUGUACAUGCGCCUUUAAUAAAACGGAAAGUUUCAAGCUGAAUUAAAGGCGCAUGCAGAGAGACUGGCAGCGCGCUUUCAAGGGAAGCUUCCCGAAAGGGUACUGUGGCUCUGAGGAGGGAAAUAAAAAUCUCAAGACUUUUUCUGGACGCGCCUGUCUCUGUACAUGCGCCUUUAAUAAAACGGAAAGUUUCAAGCUGAAUUAAAGGCGCAUGCAGAGAGACUGGCAGCGCGCUUUGAAGGGAAGCUUCCCGAAAGGGUACUGUGGCUCUGAGGAGGGAAAUAAAAAUCUCAAGACUUUUUCUGGACGCGCCUGUCUCUGUACAUGCGCCUUUAAUAAAACGGAAAGUUUCAAGCUGAAUUAAAGGCGCAUGCAGAGAGACUGGCAGCGCGCUUUGAAGGGAAGCUUCCCGAAAGGGUACUGUGGCUCUGAGGAGGGAAAUAAAAAUCUCGGGAUUUUUUUUAGACUUUUAUCCUCUCAAAAUUCCAGAACCCGAUAGUCCCUUCGCAAGAGAAGACGUGGUACGAGAAGAUUGUCAGCCGCGGCCGACACAUUGCCAAAUCCUGCGAGGAAAUCGUUCAGAAGAUCAUAUCGUGA